CGGCACCUCCCCUUUCGGACAGCUCAAGGGGCUCAGCCAACUGGCUCACGCCUCCCCUUUAGUUUCUUUUCACGCUCUCCAAGAUCUAAACCGAGAAUCGAAACUAAGCUGAGGUCCAUGGAGCCUGAACCCGCCCGAUCUCCGAGGCCCCAGCAGGAUCCCGCCCGGCCCCACGCGCCCACCAUGCCUCCCCCCGAGACCCCUUCUGAAGGCCGUCAGCCCAGCCCCAGCCACAGCCCUACAGAGCAAGCCCCCUCUCCAGAGGAGGAGUUCCAGUUUCUGCGCUGCCAGCAAUGCCAGGCUGAAGCCAAGUGCCCGAAGCUGCUGCCUUGUUUGCACACGCUGUGCUCAGGAUGCCUGGAGGAGUCGGGCAUGCAAUGCCCCAUCUGCCAGGCUCCCUGGCCCCUAGGUGCAGACACGCCCGCCCUGGAUAACGUCUUUUUCGAGAGUCUGCAGCGGCGCCUGUCGGUGUACCGGCAGAUUGUGGAUACACAGGCCGUGUGCAUCCGCUGCAAAGAGUCGGCCGACUUCUGGUGCUUUGAGUGCGAGCAGCUCCUCUGCGCCAAGUGCUUCGAGGCACACCAGUGGUUCCUCAAGCACGAGGCCCGGCCCCUAGCAGAGCUGCGCAACCAGUCCGUGCGUGAGUUCCUGGAUGGCACCCGCAAGACCAACAAUAUCUUCUGCUCCAACCCCAACCACCGCACCCCUACGCUGACCAGCAUCUACUGCCGAGGCUGUUCCAAGCCGCUGUGCUGCUCGUGCGCUCUCCUUGAUAGCGGCCACAGUGAGCUCAAGUGCGACAUCAGCGCAGAGAUCCAGCAGCGACAGGAGGAGCUGGACGCCAUGACGCAGGCGCUGCAGGAGCAGGAUAGUGCCUUUGGCGCGGUGCACGCGCAGAUGCACGCGGCUGUCGGCCAGCUGGGCCGCGCGCGCGCCGAGACCGAGGGGCUGAUCCGCGCGCGCGUGCGCCAGGUGGUAGCUCACUUGCGGGCGCAGGAGCGCGAGCUGCUGGAGGCAGUGGACGCGCGGUACCAGCGCGACUACGAGGAGAUGGCCAGUCGGCUGGGCCGCCUGGACGCUGUGCUGCAGCGCAUCCGCACGGGCAGCGCGCUGGUGCAGAGGAUGAAGAGCUACGCCUCGGACCAGGAGGUGCUGGACAUGCACAGUUUCCUGCGCCAGGCGCUCUGCCGCUUGCGCCAGGAGGAACCCCAGAGCCUGCAAGCCGCUGUGCGCACGGACGGUUUCGACGAGUUCAAGGCGCGCCUGCAGGACCUCAGCUCUUGCAUCACCCAGGGGACAGAUGCAGCUGUAUCCAAGAAAGCCAGCCCAGAGGCUGCCAGCACUCCCAGGGAUCCCACUGACGUUGACUUGGUGAGAUGGGUUUGAGGUCUGAAGGGGAGGCGGUGGGGCCCAGCAGGUCAGGCAGGUUGUGAGUCCUGCUGUCCCUGUGUGUGCAGGGAGAGUGUCUGAGUGAGGGACAGCAAGUGGCUGGACUGGAAAUUUCAGUGAGAGGAAGUAAAGGAAGACAUUUAAGGAAGGGUUGGCUGGCUACCUGACUGACUCUAGGCUCCUAAAUGCCGAAGUUACUCUUGAUGGUCCAUGAGCCAGGUUCAGUGGGGGUUAGAUGUGGGGUAGACGGGCAGCCACAGAUCAGGGCUGCUGCAGAGGGAAUUCCAGUAUUAGAUGGCAUAUGGGUGCCUUCCAGCCAUGAGAAACUAUGGUUGUCAGAUGUAUGGUUAGAUAUAGGGUCAGCGGCCCUAAGGGAUGUGGCAGAUGUCCUCUCCCCUCCUGCACCCUAUCCCCAAUGUGUGAGCCUUCUCUUGGAGUCAGCGUAGGUGGGCCUUCCCCCGCUGUUCCCCACAGGUGGUUCUUGGAAAGGAAUGGGAAAUGAAGCCAGGAGUCAGAUCUGGAUCCCAGUUGCCCAGGUUCUGCUGGUAUGAUUCCAGGGCCACCAUACAUGUAACAAACCAGAGUGUCUCAGGGU